GCGACACUCCGCCUGACGCUGACGCAGAACACCAACCACUGACUGUCUGCCCAACCUCCUCCUCCGCUUCCUUUCUUCUUCCUCUUCUUCUUCUUCUUCUUCUUCACCAUCAUCCUCAUCAUCAUCACCUUGUCCUUUUCCCGCCGACGAGGAGCUUUGCUUCCUUUGUCUUUCUUCUGUACUCUUGCUUCCAUUCAUCCCAUUCUAAGGUACUCUGUGCUUGCCUACGUCAGAUCGUAUAUACCAUACCUUCUUUGGUUCAAAUCUGCAAAUAGACUGCCCCGUUCCGAUUUCGUUUCAGACUGGUAUACCGGAGCCGCAAUACCUAGCAGCGCGGGACUGGUUUAAAUAGAGCAUUACCCGAGAGCCAGCUCUCGUUCCAACAACCACCACAAACACCAUGAUGCGUCGCCCAGCACACGACCUCAGCGACCCCGAUCGCAAUCUGGCCGAGUCCCUCGGCACCGCCGCCGACAUCCCCGAAGAUAUCGACGUCGACCUGACCAGCGAAGAGCGCAACGGCACGCGCAUACACAUGCCACCGCCCCGCAUCGCCGCGCGCUUCUACCACCCCGCGAACAACCGCCGCAAGUCCUCCGCCGCCUCCUCGCGCCGCAACUCCAUGUCUUCAGUCCACUCCCACCAGUCGCACGCCUCAAGCCGCCAUGGCGGCCCACAGAGUAGUCACGUCGCACAGCAUCUGCGCAGAGCUUCCAUUAUCGAGGAUCGGAAGGCUAGGCUCGCAGACCGGGCUGCGCAUGCGGAAAAGGUGCGUCUGAGGGCCGCGUUGGCCAAGGCGGCUCCAAGGAGUACCUGCAAUAGCGAAGAGAGAGCGUUAGCUGCCCAGCAGGCGAGAGAGAAGAACCUGGCCGAGAUCGUGGCCAGCUGCGCGGAGGAAGUGAAGCGUGCGAAAGGCAUCGCGGAGAGCAUGAAAGAAAAGCGGGAAGCGGAAGGGAAGAAAUUAAGGAGGGAGAUGGAACUCCGUCUUGCUGAGGCAGAGAGGAGGAGGGAGGAGAUGUUGAACCGGGGCAGCAUGAAGAGAGGCCGCUCAGUGAGCCAGCAGCGGAAAAGCACCUCUCCUAUACCCGGAGUCCGUGAGGCUAUCACUGAGCCUAUGGCCGCUGCUAUGAUACAGAACCGCUGGAGGAUUCAUCGACGCUGGAAAGCACUGAAGGACUUCGCAGAGCUGGGUCUCACGAUCGACGGCGUCCGGGAAACCUCGUUUGAAGAUGUGGUUGAGCUGUUGGCACAAGAGAAGGUGCUGGUUGCAACUGCACAUAUUCUGAGGAUCUGCGGUCUGAAGGAGGGGGAGAGUGGAUCCGUCAACGAGAUGACCGCAGUUCGCACGUUUCUCAGUGCCUUCCUCAUUCUUGGACACCCCACUCAAGUUCUCAGUAGCAAGGGCGAGAGUGGGGAGCAGGAGCAGGUGGGUGUGUUACCAAUGUUGCGAGAUGAUUUGGCUAAUCCCCAGCUGCAGGGACUCGUAGCCAAGGCCCGAGACCUACUGAUCUCAUUUGAGAAUGUCUUGUCGCGAUUGAACGCCGCUAACAACUAUACGCCGCCUCCUGCACAACUGUCUACGUUGUCGGAGGUGUAUGCUGCCUUCUUCAAUGCCUUCAUUGCAUGGAAGGCUCGGGAUUCCAGCACCCUUAUUGAUAUGAUGGUUCUGCAAUUUGUAGAGCUAGAUGCCAUAUGGCAGACUGUCAAGGACAGCACCGAGGAGGUCGUCUCGGAGUCUUACCGAGAAGGCAUCCGCGAGAAUCAACUCAAGCUGAUGGUUAGGAUCAAGAAACUUGCCGGCGCUGCACAAGGCAAACGUUUGAUUACAAAUGCCAUCAGGGAAGCCCGAAGAGCCAGGGCAGCGAAGAAGCCUGCUGGUGAUUCAAGGCCCAGGGCUGCGGAAGCUGCUGCACCGGUGAUUCCAGAUCUGGCCGCAUCCGAACAAUCAGUCACCAACCAUCUGCAGACUCUCACGCCACCAUCCACGCCGCUCAGACACCAGAGCACAUACGCUGAUGAGCUGCGGAGUGCGGGCUCGGUCCUUCCAGAUAACCGAACCGUGGUCCACGAGCUGGCCAUCAAUCGCGAGUACCGGAUCGAGAUUGAAGAUUGUCUGGAGCAACGGGGAGCCAUCAAUCAGCUCAUUUUUGAUUCGAUGCGUCAGGAGGUAGCCGCUGGGAACAGUGAUCCCUGGGUUCUCGCGAUGGCCGACAACAUUCGAGGGAAGCUACAACGACUCCUCAAAGAGGGCAACUCCAUGCACACCCUCAUCGGGGAAGUCCUCGACACGGAGGUCGUUGCCCGGGAACUCCAGAGCGGGACUUUCUCCUACGAGAAAUUCUUCUCGUUCAUGGCGUCCAUCCUCCCGCGUCUCUGUUCUCCUUUCCGUGAUGCGGAAGUGAAGGAGCUGACGGAGAACUUCCAGAAUGGGGACGUCGUCACUCACCUCCAGGCCCUAUUACGCUUUAUCGACCUCAUGCAGUUGGACUAUGCGAAUUUUAUGCUCCAUCAGUCAGCACCGGAGCUCAUCAAGCAUGCUACGUUGUAUGAGAACAAGCGCUUCGCUGAGAUCAUGGAGGAGACAUCGAAUUCCCUGGCCGCUACGGAAGAUGCGUGGCGGACAGCUAGGAACAAGGUCAUGACCGAAGCUGCUCGACGCGAUCCAGAGAAUGUCAAUCUUGCGAGAGCUCGGCCAACGCCAGAUAAGAUCUACGCGCAGAUGCUGGUUGAUAUCUUUACCUCUGUUGAUUCUUCAGUCGCCAUCCCCGAGACGUUGCAACUGGACAGCAAACGAAUCACGCGGAUCCGCACCGAGAUCCUCCGGAUCGUGACCACGGGUGCGAUCCUACUGCAGGGCAAGAACCUCCUGAAGAGAGACGUCCGCUCCCAGUGGAAGACGGAAGCGGCGCGCAUCUACUCAGUGCUCGAGAACUCCAAGGCGGCCGACCAAGCAGCGCAGGGCAUCCAAGCCGCUCUCGAGAGCUCGCGCAGCAUGCCCGUCGCCACCAAGAACCACAUCAAGGAUCUCGUUACUCGCAUCAUCUCGGCGUCCGUCGCCGUCACCAGCUCCGACGGCACGACGAAUCUCCGCGACCCCGUCAUGCGCCUCCUGCUAGUCCGUCUAAGGGGCCACUUCCUCUCGCGCCUCGCCGCCAACACCGAGAAGGAGAAGGUGCGCAGCGCGAGCACCGCCUCGGAGAGCCUCGCCACGCUCGGCCUCCCCGAGUUCGUCCAGCGCGUCGGCGCCAUGGUCGACGAGAUCAGCCGGGUCGGUGCUCUCGACCGCGAGAGCCACGGCUCCUGGUACGAAGGCAUCGCCACCAAGAUCGAAGCAGAAGCAGAAGCCUCAGCCUCCUGA